CCACUAAAGUCGUUAUGGUCAUAUUGUGCUGUGACGUUUAGUCGUAUGUUCGUGGACUUCGGAGAAAAUCUUUUCUUAAACGGUUAAUUCAGUAAAAUUAUUAAUUUACUUUCAUUGUGAUCAGAAACGCUUUAUAGAAAACUUGUGGAAAAGGUAUUGAAAAGUGAUUGUGACCAAAACGAACACAACCUCAAAAGUUUAAAUGGCGUGGCUUUCAUCCAUAUAAUAGUUGAGAGACCAAAAAUUUCAAUUUUUGCGAUACAUAAGCGCGUUAAAAGCGUUACUAAUAUUUUUCAAUAUUAGCACGGAAUCAGAGCUAUCAAAAAAAAAAAAAGUUAUCGAUUUCCCGUGGCAGUGCGAUUUGUUUGAUUUUGAUUUAUCCAUAUAUAUUUUCCAAGUCAAUUUGCGAUUGACUUCACAAAGAAUACCCGAGAGUACGAUAUCUUUGUCUAAUUUGCGAACUGGCAUUGCGCACCCCAAAGGAGGGGAAACAAAAUCUUAUAUGACUUUUGAAAGAUACGGUGAAACACCAGCAAAAAAAACCACACUUCUCAUUGAGAAAAAACGGAGUAAAGGGUUCGAGCUGUGCAUGAAUUCAAAAGGGCGAACCAAAAAUCACCGGACUUCGAGUAACAGACAUCGGAAGUUACAGCCAUUCAGGUACACAUGAGCCUGCUCCUUCUCCAUUUUUUAAAGACUUAAACUGAAUAGCUGAAUACCUACCACGGCGAAAAUAAACAAAAUCUUCAGCAAAAUAAAAGCAAAGCCAUAACCUUGCAAAAAAAAAAGAAGAAAAAAACAACUUACUCUCAAGCAAUUCUGGCCGAUUCUUCAAAUAUAUUCAGUACACCCGUUGUUUGAUUAGAGCACAAUUAAUUCGCCGUUCCGGAAGGACACCAAUUCCUGCUUAUUCUGGAUACAUUUGUUAAGUAAGCAGCAGCGGCAACUACUCAAAAUAAAAGAACAUUUAAUGAACGGAAACGAAAGUUGGAUCAAUCACAAACUAGCAGAAAACCUGAAGCCAAUUACUUCCCAUCCACCAAUAACCAAUAGAUACCACUGGCCACCUCUAACAGUAGCAACAUUACCCGAACAACAGUAAUACCCAUUAUCAGCAUUAUCUGUGGAGCCGAAAACCUAUCAAGAUGGCCACCGUAAACGUAAACCGCAGUGUGACGGACAUCUUCUAUCGCUACAAGAUGCCACGUCUGCAGGCAAAGGUCGAGGGCAAAGGAAACGGCAUUAAGACCGUGCUGGUCAACAUGGCGGAAGUGGCUAGGGCCAUCGGACGCCCGGCCACCUAUCCAACCAAGUACUUUGGUUGCGAGCUGGGCGCCCAGACGCUGUUCGAUCACAAGAAUGAGCGCUUUGUUGUGAAUGGAUCGCAUGAUGUGAACAAGUUGCAGGAUUUGUUGGAUGGUUUUAUUCGCAAGUUUGUGUUAUGCCCCGAGUGCGACAAUCCGGAGACCAAUUUAACUGUGUCGGCCAAAAACCAGACCAUUUCGCAGUCUUGCAAGGCAUGCGGCUUCCAUGGUCUGCUCAAGGUUAACCAUAAAGUGAACACAUUCAUUGUGAAGAACCCCCCGUCAUUGAAUCCGGCCGCCCAAGGAUCAUCGCUAACCGAGGGCAAACGCUCGAGGAAACAGAAGCAGAAGAACGAUAACGCCGAUGGCUCCAUGACCAAUAACUCUUUGGCCAACAACUCUGGCGGUGAAUCAGAUGGCGGCAACGGCACAAAUCAGGCUAGCCAAACUGAGGCCGAGAUUAGCGCAGCUAUUCCGGAGAAAACAGCCAAGGAUGACGACGAUGAGGGAUGGAGUGUCGAUGUUUCGAAGGAGGCUAUUCGUGCUCGUUUGCAAGAUCUGACUGAUGGUGCUAAGGGUAUGACUAUUUCGGAUGACUAUGAUAAAACUGAAAAGGAGCGCAUUGAUAUUUUCUACGAGUUGGUUAAGGACAAGCGGGACAAGAAGCAAUUGGAUGAUGUGCAAACUCACAAGGAGCUGGUGAUUGAAGCCGAACGCUUGGAUAUUAUUAACAAGGCUCCAUUGGUUCUCGCCGAGCUGCUUUUCACUGAAAACAUCAUCAAGGACGUGCAGAAGAAUCGCCCUUUGCUUCUUCGCUUCACCCUCAAUAAUCCAAAAGCACAGCGCUAUCUAAUUGGUGGAGUGGAGCAAACUGUAGAGCUGCAUAAGGGUAUAUUGAUGAGCAAGGUUGCUGGAAUCUUCAAAUUGUUUUAUGAUCUGGACAUACUCGAUGAGGCCGUCAUACUGGAGUGGGCACAGAAGGUUAGCAAACGACAUGUCUCGAAAAAUAUUGCUGCCGAAAUACACGAGAAAGCUAUGCCAUUCGUUCUCUGGCUGAAGAAUGCCGAGGAAGAGUCCUCCGAAAGUGAGGAGGAGGAGGACGAUGAAUCCGAGGAGGAUAACUACGUUUCCAGUGCCGGCCAACGUGGCGGUCAACGGGUCGUCCAACGCGGAAUUCCACGCGCUGUUGCAGGCGACGAGGAUGACGAGGACGACGUGAACAUCGACGAUAUCUAAAAGGAAUCAAAAAGAGAACAGCUACCCUAAUCCAACCAGUAAUAUUUUAAAAGGGGGAAAAUCAAGCGAGCAAGCAUAAUCUACAAUUCAAACUGAAAUAUAAAUUAGCGAGUUAAAUC